UCUCUGUACCAAACAUGCUGUCAAAGUGCUUUACUUUCUCAUAUAAAUUCUUGUGGUGAGAGCCUAGAAAUAUCCAGGUUCAACAGUGACUUUUGUGGAGAAUACUAAAUAUAAAUCUGUUCCAGUGAUGGCAGAAGUUCAAGGGAAAUGGGUCAAGCUUAAUCAGAAUGGAACUGGGCCUGGAGCUAGAAGCUCACACGCCAUUGCCAUUGUAGCACAAAAGGCCUAUGUCUUUGGAGGUGAGUUCAUCCCACGAGUCCCAGUUGACAACAACCUCUAUGUAUUUGAUCUCAAUACCCUAACAUGGUCCAUUGCCGAGGUAACUGGGGAUGUCCCGCCUCCACGUGUCGGUGUCACGAUGGCCACCGUUGGUGAGACCAUCUAUGUGUUUGGCGGUAGGGAUAGCACACAUAAGGAGCUUAAUGAGUUCUAUUCUUUCGACACGAGUACGAACAAGUGGACGCUCCUUUCAAAUGAUGACAGCGGCCCGACUCAUCGGAGCUACCACUCGAUGACAGCCAAUGAUCGACAAGUGUACAUCUUCGGCGGGUGUGGCGUCGCCGGCCGGCUAAAUGAUCUGUGGGCCUAUGAUGUUGUUGACCAAAAGUGGAUCAAAUAUCCAACCCCAGGAGAAAAUUGCAAGGGUAGAGGUGGGCCUGGAUUGACUGUAGCCCAAGGGAAAAUAUGGGUCGUAAAUGGCUUCUCUGGAGUGGAAAUGGAUGAUGUGCAUUGCUUUGAUCCAGUGCAAGGACAAUGGUCCCAAGUAGAGACAUGUGGGGAGAAACCAACGGCUCGAAGUGUUUUUUCUACUUUUGGGAUUGGCAAAUACAUAAUCAUAUACGGUGGGGAAGUGGAUCCCAGUGACUUGGGUCACCUUGGUGCUGGGAAAUUUUCUGGCGAGGUUUAUGGUUUGGACACAGAGACAUUGGCGUGGAAUAAGUGGGAAGAUGGGUCAGGUUUGGAAAGCCAUCCUGGGCCUCGUGGGUGGUGCGCAUUUGCAAGCGGUUUGCGGGAUGGCCAACAGGGACUUGUGGUUUAUGGUGGCAACUCUCCUAGCAAUGAUAGGCUCGAUGACAUUUUCGUUUUUACUCCAGGUGUGGCAUGCAAUUAAAAAUUGAGGUGGUGAUGGUAUUUCGAUUAUGGGAAUACGAAGAUGAAGUGUGGCAUCUUCUAGCAAGUGAGCAUUUAGUGAGUUUGAGCAUUUGUAAUGAGUUUCUAUAUGUCUUCGGAGUGGUUGCUUUGUAUAUGUUCAUUUGUGUGAAUUUAGGAGUUCUUUCUCUCGUUUAA